UAUCUUGGUGUUGAAGGGGGAAAAAAGCCCAGCAGCUUCCCCAUCACCACCGCCGCCACCACCACCGCUAGACGCCAGCGAUCAGGAAGCUUUGUGAGACAUGUUCAAGUCCUGAUGGCGCAGUCUGAGCUGUUUGUGACCGCAGCGCCGCUUGGGCAGGCGAGGCCUGUGGAGCUCGAUGUCCUGGGCUUCCUGGAAACGUUCGGGGACGAUAACAGCACUGCUGAGAGAUGCUACCGCUCGCACUCCCGCAGCAGCGUCCUCCAGGGUCUGCCGUUUGGCGGCGUGCCCACGGUCCUCGCCAUCAACGUGGUGCUCUGGAUGUUUCUGCUGCUCAUCUUUUCUUGUCUGAGGAAGGCGGCGUGGGACUACGGCCGCCUGGCUCUGCUGAUGGAGAACGACAGUCUCACAUCCCUGUUUUAUGGAGAACCAAGUGAGAAAGAGAAGUCUCCGUCCGAAGGCAGCCCCUCUGACUCUGAGACCAAGGACAUGGGCUUCUGCUCGUGGCUCUCGUCUCUUUACUAUAUGAAGGAUGAGGAGAUCCGCAGCAAAUGUGGCAUUGACGCCGUCACUUAUCUGUCCUUCCAGCGCCACAUCAUCCUGCUCAUGACAGUGGUUACCCUGCUAUCUUUGGCCGUGAUCCUGCCGGUCAACUUUUCCGGGAACCUCCUGGGAGACAGUCCCGAGAACUUUGGAAGAACAACACUGGCUAAUGUUAGUGCGAAGGACAACUUUCUGUGGCUGCACAGCAUCCUCGCUCUGGUUUACUUCAUCAUCACGCUGCUGUGUAUGGCUCACCACUCGAUACGGCUGGAGUACAGAGAAGAUGAGAAGGUAGCCAGGACACUGAUGAUCACAUGCAUACCCAGAGAGAUCUCUGACCCCGGACUCAUCACCAAACACUUCCAUGAGGCCUACCCCAGCUGCACUGUCACUGACAUCCGUUUCUGCUUUGACGUCCACAAGCUGAUGCGGCUGGACCUGGAGAGGCGCAAGGCAAUGAAAGGCAGGCUGUAUUUUGCUACAAAGGCCCAAAAGGAGGGGAAGAUCAUGAUUAAGACACAUCCAUGUGCUCAGAUAUUCUGCUGCGACGUAUGCGGCUUUGAGAAGGUGGAUGCAGAACAGUACUACAGCGAGUUAGAGGAGAAGCGGACGGAUGAGUUCAACGCUGAGAAAAACCGCAUCACCAUGAAGAGGCUGGGCAUCGCCUUUGUGACUUUCCGCGAUGAGAGGAUGACUGCUGUCAUUGUGAAGGACUACGGCCGCGUACACUGCCGCCGCAGGCCCCAGCAGUCGAGCAUCACCACCGUGGUGCAGUCGCACAAGUGGGGCGUCAGCUACGCACCUGCUCCCAGUGACAUAAUAUGGGAAAACCUGUCGGUGUGCGGCUCCCGUUGGUGGCUCCGCUGCGUCCUCCUCAACAUCCUCCUCUUCCUCCUGCUCUUCUUCCUCACCACUCCGGCCAUCAUCGUCAACACCAUGGACAAGUUCAACGUCACAAGGCCCGUGGAGAGUCUGAGGAAUCCGGUCGUUACCCAGUUCUUCCCAACCCUCCUGCUGUGGGCGUUCUCCGUGCUCCUGCCCUUCAUCGUCUACUACUCCGCCUUCUUUGAGUCCCACUGGACCAGAUCUGGUGAGAACCAAGUGACGAUGCACAAGUGCUUUUUGCUCCUGGUCUUCAUGGUCAUCAUCCUGCCCUCGCUUGGUCUGUCAAGUCUCGACCUCUUCUUCACCUGGCUCUUUGAUGUCCACUUCCUGGAUGAGAAGGAAGUCAAAUUCCAGUGUGUGUUCCUUCCCGACAACGGCGCGUUUUUCGUCAACUACGUGAUUACCUCCAGCCUGAUCGGCACGUCCAUGGAGCUGCUUCGCAUCCCGGCUCUGUCCGUGUACGCCCUCCGCCUCUGCUUUGCGAAGUCCCAGGCUGAGAGGAUUCACGUUAAAAGGAGUCAGGCCUAUGAGUUCCAGUUUGGCCUGGAGUACGCCUGGACCAUGUGUAUCUUUGCUGUCAGUAUGACCUAUAGCAUCACAUGUCCCAUCAUUACACCCUUCGGUCUGCUCUACGUGAUCCUGAAGCACAUGGUCGACCGAUACAACAUCUACUAUGCAUACGUUCCCACCAAACUCAACCAGCGGAUCCACAGAGCGGCCAUCAGCCAGGUCAUGGUGGCUCCCAUCCUCUGCAUGUUCUGGCUGCUCUUCUUCUCCGUGCUCAGAUUAGGUUCACUUCAUCCCAUCACACUCUUCACCUUAGCGUCCCUGACCUCCUGCGUUGCCUGUUACCUCCUCCGCUUGUGCCUUAGGAAGCAACCAGACAAGUCGACAAGCUACCAGAUGUCCGAUCAGCCGGCGGAGGGGACGUUCACUGAUGCAGACAGGAGCACUGUAUCAUCCACCACCGCCUCCAGUCUGUUUGUGGCGUCCGUGCUGCUGGAGCCGGAGCUGGCGUUGACUCCGAUGCCCUCCCCAGCCCACCACAGCUAUGGCGCCAUGGCCAGCUCCCAGAGUUCAAGUCAUGGACCGGCGGAUGAAGAGGAGGGCGAGGAAGGACACGCCCAGACCCGGGAGACCGAGCUCCAAGACCCCCCAGACCCCUAUGCCUCCAGCCCGCUCAUGGACAGCCCUGUGGCCUACCCGUAACGCCAAACUCAUCUCCACGUGUCCUUCAGCUGGGGAACACAGAUUACUAAAGGCCGCGAUGCUGCGUUUUUUCACCAGUGACCUCAGGCACCAACUUAGCUGCCUCAGACCCUGAGACUAGAUUGCGCUUGUUAGAAAGGUACGAAGAACGUGAAGAGGAGAAGAGCUCGGAUCCAUGUAAUCAUCACAAUAAAGCGGACGACAAACCCGUCUCAGCAACUACAUGUACAAAUUAUUUCAGUUAAACAGUCAAAUGCUCCGCAACAGGGAUUCAAUUCUUCUUCUAUGGCUUCAUUUGCAAAUUAAAAAGGUGAAAAGUGAUGAGAGCGACCGGGGUGGAAUUGCCUUUGGGUUGCUAUCAGAGAAACUCUGCCCAUGCUGUGCCACUUGGACAUGAGCAGAGGUGAAAGUUCCCAUGAGAGUGGGUGGUGUGAGCAGGCUUGCCCCGGCAGACUGACAGAGUGGUCUGGGCACGGGUGAUAUCUGGUUCCUCUGCGGCAGUGCUCGGCGAAGGCUGAGGGUGAGGGCAGCUAGUUGUGAAGCCAUCUGCAGUGAGAGAGCAGACAGACGGAGGGCCGAAUGUAACUCGGAGAUGUACUGUAAUAUAUGUACACUCUCGCAAACAGAGGCACAAGCAGCUUGACUCAACCUGAAGCUUGUUGUAACUAUUAUCAAUCUGAGGUUGUUAUUUUUGCUACAGUAUUUAUUUAUUUAUUUAUUUUUUUGGUGUCGUUGAUGUUGUGCUUUGUGGUUUGGCGGCCACGGAGGAUUGGGGAAGGAUUUGCAGAGCUGUCCCAUCUUAAUCAGAAUUGAUUCAUUAUGCUGUUUUGGUUGUGUUCAUGAUCUAACUGGAUUUUUUAAUUUAUGUAUUUAUUUUGAAUCAAGAGUAUGAUAUUUUUGUAAGUGCGCCAACAUUAAUACUACUCCCAUCUAGAAGCAGUAAGAAGCUACCGCACAGUCUGUUAGCUUAGCUUAGCACAAAUUGGAAGUGGAGGGAAAUAGCUGAGAAAAGGUUGGUGCAGUGAGUUUUGAUUAUGCUAAGUUAAGUUAACCGGCUGCUGGUAGUAGCUUCAUGUUUGCAUUUGACUCUAGGCAAGAAAGUCUUUCUUAAAAAGUUGAAAUGAUUCUAUAAGUUGCAAGAAACAUAGUCAACUGGAUUUACACCUGUUCGAAAAUAUGCCAUGGACUCUACUUUCUCUCAUUUUGCUAAUCAUGUAAAUUACCCUGCGUCACAACUAAGGCCAUUAUCAUUACACUUACAGGUUUUAGUUGUGAAAAUGAAAACAUAUACACACAGUACGCAGCACGUUUGUCACCACUGUGGCUCAGAAUAAUUUAUUAAUUAGUUUGGUGUUGGUCAAAUAUUCCUAAAAUUCUGUUUCUAAUGCAUUAACAAUCAAGUACUACCAUCUGAGUUAAUUUAACGUACUCUAUCUUGUCUUCUCCACCUGUGCAUGUGCGUAUGAUGUAUAGAUGAACUAAAUUCAUUCAUUUGCAGUCGGUCUGUACGCUUGCCGUGUCUUCUGUCUUUAUUUUUACUCCCUUGUGGCGAGUGAACGAUUUUCUCAUGAAACUGAAUGUUAACUGAUUGUAGUUUGUUAUUCAUGUCUUUAGCUGUGCCUUGAGGAAACCCCCCCCC